GCAAGUCUGGGAGUGAAAUGUAGAAAGUGGAAAUAUCCAUAUCAGUCAUUAGAAUAAAGCUUUUCUUAUUUUAUUUUUAGAACCACAAUCAUUUUGUAAUAGUGAACAUUGGAACAGUGAAAGAAUGGCUGAAGCAGAUGCCAUUGGGUUUACUAGCGAAAAGCCAGAUAACAGGAGGAUCACUGGAAACAAAGGAGGCAGCCAGGACAUCAUUUCUGCUGAGUCACUGCAGAUCAGGAAGUGUGUGGGCGGAUGUGCGACAGAGAGCAGGAUGAAUUCUCCACUCGGAAAACCAGAUAACUCAAUGGUGUAUAACAUGAAUUAUAAACAAAAAGGUCUUUGUUUGAUUCUAUGCAUGGAGACAUUUCAUAAAGAUCUAAAAGAAAAAGGAGUGGGUGCUCGAAACAGUAAAAAUGAUAAGGAGGAGCUUAAAAGUAUCUUCAAAGAGAUGGGAUUUGAGGUGCGACUUGAGGAAAAUAAAACUGCUCAUGAUAUUGAAAAACUUUUGACUGACAUUGCAAAGGAGGAUCACAGUGGUAGAGGUUGCUUUGCCUGCGUUGUGAUGAGUCACGGUGAUGAAGACUUUUUUUAUGCUUCUGACCAAGAAUAUAAAAUAGAUGCACUGGCUGAGCCAUUCCGUGGAGAGGAAUGCAAAAGUCUUUUUGGGAAACCGAAAUUAUUUUUCAUUCAGGCAUGCAGGGGAACUAAGGCCGACUCCGGGGUGGUGAAAGAUGCUGGAUGUGCAACAACUACUGCUUAUAAAAUUCCAACAGAGUGUGAUUUCCUGUACUCUUACGCUACUCCGCUUGGAUAUUUUGCUUGGAAAAGAGAUGGUGAAUCCUGGUUUAUUCAGUCUCUAUGUAAAAUGCUGAAAGAAAACUGGCAGAAAAGGGAUCUCCUGCAAAUACUGACCCGGGUAAACAACAAGGUGGCCUAUGAUUAUGAAUCAGAUUCUAAAACAAUGAAUGGAAAGAAGCAAAUGCCAUGUUUUCUAUCUCUGCUCACAAAGGAACUAUACUUUUUCCACAAGACAGAUCAAGAUUAACCAUUAGAAAUGAUUUUGUCACACAUUCCUACCCAUGCUAAUUUGAAAUAAAAUGUUUUUCUCGUGCAAAAAAUCAUUGCCUGUUGUUUAGCAGGAUAGUAUUAUCAAGAUCUGUGAGAAAGGCAGCUAAAACCCAACACAGCUUUUCUUUAUGUGAUUUGUAUCAAGGCAUAAGGCUGCUGAACUGAAACCACAUUCAGCUGCUUACAAAUAAGGCCAAUACAAAAUUACAUAGGGUAGUUCCAUCUAUAAUGAACUAAAAGUUCCCUUUGAGGCUUGAUUAGCUUAUUCAUUCAGAGUAUGGUGAAGGGUUAACAUGCCUACGUGCUGACCCUUGUAGGCCUCUGUACUUGUUUUUCUGUAAUACGGUGUACUGUCUCUUCUUAGACAACCUUGCAUAAGUAUCAUCAUGUACUAUAAACAAUAUUAUCAGCUUGCCUUGUGAGGGAACUAUAGCCAUUUCAUAUCAAAAAUGUCUAUUUUACUGCCUAUAUGCCUUGCUCAGCUAUUGCAAUACUAGAUAUAAUAACCUGCUAGAUGAAAAACCAAGUUAGAACCUCUCCAGGAGUCAGCCAGGACAGGUCAGCACGGCUUGUGGUCUUGUGGUCAUGACACCCUGGACGUGUUUCCUGAAGUAGAAUGCACAAACACUCCGAAAAAGGACAUGUUGAGCUAUAUGCUAUGCUUAUUGGCUAAAUAGCUAAAACCACAUACAUCUUGACCCAUCACCCAAUUCCUCAUUUUUCUUGCUAUAUAACUUUCUGUAUCCUUGCAAAUAAAGCAGAAGAAGCAUUUUAUACUGAA